AUGCAGCAGAGUCAAUUGUUAACGAAGUUGGCUGAAGUACGGUGGAAUGGUAACCCGAAGGAAUACACGGACCGGUUUGCGGCUGUAGCGGAGCGUGGUUUGGAUGUCGCCACCGACGAACUCGGUGACUACUACUGCACCGGGCUACCGACGGACCUUCACCUCCUAAUCACCAAUAACGGGCAGGGUCGCGGAAGUACGGCACGUGUCUGCCCCAGCAAAGGGAAACGUACCAGACGUCCGGGGGAAAUAUGCAAGAAGUGUGGCGGUGUGAGACACUAUGCUCGGGAUUGUCCUACGUAUGAACGAGGCCGGCCCGAGCUGGUGGACAAGACCAGCCCUAAUGCCAUUCCAGUCUCCCUUGAGUGGGGAAACCAACUCCUUCGUACAGCGGAAAGAACUAAUACGAGCGAUGGGCACGCGGAAAAGACUCAGCCGCUUUCGGAAACGCGGUGGGAGUCUGGGUCAGCGUCGAUCCUGAGUGAAGAGACUCCGGACGCGACGACGGAUAGCAGCAGGAAGUCUGCAGAGGCAACAGAAGACGGCUAUAGGUCAGACACGACAGAGAUUGUGCCACACUCGUGGAGGGAGACUUGCACGAAAGGGCCUUGCGACCAAGGGGAAGCGCUGUGUUGUGCCGGUGCGACGGCGGUACUUCGCGUUGAGCUCGCAGAGACUCCUUUGGGAACCGUUCCCUAUGACUUAGUCUUGGGUUUGGAUUGGCUGACGGAACACAAGGUGGCCUGGUAUUUUCAGUCUGACAAACUUCGAACCUAUGUGAAUGGCCAGUGGUGCGAGUUACCGGUCGUUCGGACUGGUGCAGCAACGCUGCAAGAUGACAGUCCCACUGUAGUCCACCCAAGGACCCCAGCGGAGCAAGCAUAUGAGAUAUUGGCCAAACAAGUGGCGGGUAUGUCAUCCGAGGAAGCAGCUAUAUUCCUACGCCCGCCUCCAAGGAGGUGUUGCAGGAAUAUCGAGCGGUCUUCCCCGAUAAAUUACCUAAAGGAUUACCGCCGAAGCGCCCUCAUGAUCACCAUAUCCUAUUGGUGCCUGGAAAACUUCCAGGAAAAUCUGCGAUAUACCGCUCUAAAUGCCCUUACGAUAGCCCCUGACUUACCACUACCUCCCAUUCAAACCAUUCUGGAGAAGCUGGGAGGCGCCAAGUAUGCUUCCACUUUCUACCUUGAAGCAGGAUUCCAUCAAAUACGUAUAGCUAAGGAAGACCGUUGGAAGACGGCUUUCCGUUCCGUUGUCGGGCUUUUCGAGUACCAAGUAAUACCCUUUGGCCUUAAGGAUCUUCCCCUUACAACAACAGGGCACGAUCCGAUUCUCGUGAUGGCCGACUCCCUCAGCAAGAUGGCUCAUUUCGUUCCUGCAAAGAAGUCAUUCACAGCAGCAGACACCGUCGAGCUUCUCGCAGACCGUCUUAUCCGCUAUCACGGUUUUCCAGAGGUGCUUAUAUCGGACCGCGACCCCCGCUUUCAGUCGGAUCUCUGGCAACAACUCUGUAGUCGCUUUAACAUCAAGCGCGCCAUGUCCUCGUCCUACCAUCCGCAAAGCGACGGUCAAACUGAACGAGCUAACCGCACACUGGAGCAGAUGCUUCGUACCUACAUCCAAUCUGACGAACGCGAGUGGGAGCGUUUGCUUCCGGCCUUGGAACUUGCUUACAACACAACAAGUCAUUCCUCCACCGAGCUCUCUCUCUUCGAGGUCAUGAUUGGCGAGCAUCCGUUGACUGCUGCGAACCUUGAUAUCGUCGGCGCGUUAGCUCCUACGCUCACUCCAAUGAUGACUAAGUUUUUCCGGCAGCUCUGCGAUAGAGCACAGAGUCACAUCCUGAAGGCAAAAUGGCAGCCGAAGUACUAG